GGCCCCAGUGGGCCCACGGCUCCCAGCCUCCCAGCUCCGCCAGUCCGUGGUCAGGAUCUACCGUCGCCGCACCGUGCCUUGCCCCGCUCUGCUUCGCCCCCCGUCCUAGACAUGCAGUUCAAGAUCGUGUUCGUCGUUGCGGCGCUCUGCCUUGCGCAGGCGUACGCCGAGAAGGCCGCCGAGCCCAUCAAGUUCGAUGAGGUCGUGGCCAAGGCCCAGACCGCCAUCAACAACAUGGCCGUCGAGGUGCAGAAGGCCCUCGGCGUCAAGGAGCUCCCCGAGCCCCAGAAGGUGGCCGACAGCAUCAUCCAGGGAGGCAAGGACCUGGCCAAGCAGAUCAGCGACAUCGUCACCGAGAUUUCCUCCAAGCCCGACCUGAACUCCGCCGUGUCCGCCAUGGCCAAGAGGAUCAACACCACCGUCGAGGACCUCCAGAAGCAGGUGCCCAACGUCCAGGCCAAGGCCGCCGAGCUGCAGAAGUCCCUCCAGACCAGCAUGCAGGCCGUCGUGAGCGAGACCCAGAAGCUGGCCCAGAACCUCACCCCCGUGCAGACCGACAUCAAGAAGAGCCUCGAGUCCGUCAUGGACCAGGUCUCCAAGGUCGCCAUCGAGGUCCAGAACAAGGUCAAGGCUGCCAUCGAGAACCCCUCAGCAGCAGUUUGAGAGCGCACUGCCGCCUUGGCUUGACAGCCGAAGCAAUCUCGUUCCUAUCAUAUUUUUUUUUUACAAAAAUAGUUACUUACAUCGACCAUGCGCCACGUCCAUAUCAUCACUGUUUUGGUCGCACUGUGGGCCAUCUUUCCAGCUGACUAAGUGUUCAUGGAGAGUAUAAAAGACAUUCUAAAACCGGAGAGGAAAGAUGACCCACAUUUGAAGAAAUUAUUACGUUUUCAAUAAAUUAUCUCUCACCCA